UCGGAUUGCCUCUAUUUCCCAGCAGGCACUGCGGGCUGGGCGGAUGCGAGUGGUUCUGGUGUCAGGGGGUGACGUGUGGCUACCAGGUCCUGUAUCCGUGGCAGCGGCCGGUUGCGGUUACCGUCUGGGCUGUAGCGUGCCGCCGCGACGGGUCGGCAGCUAUGGCCAAGGACAUCUUGGGGGAAGCAGGGCUGCACUUUGAUGAGCUGAACAAGCUUCGGGUGUUGGACCCAGAGGUUACCCAGCAGACCAUAGAGCUCAAGGAAGAGUGUAAGGAUUUUGUGGACAAAAUUGGCCAGUUUCAGAAAAUAGUUGGUGGUCUAAUUGAGCUUGUGGAUCAGCUCGCAAAAGAAGCGGAGAACGAGAAGAUGAAGGCCAUUGGUGCUCGGAAUUUGCUGAAAUCCAUAGCAAAACAGAGAGAAGCCCAACAGCAGCAACUGCAAGCCCUAAUAGCAGAGAAGAAAAUGCAGCUAGAAAGAGUAAGCUUUCCUGGGCUCUUCAAUCUCGUCUUAGUGCUACUGUGCAUUUGUCCCUAACUGCACGAGCACACACUAGCUGCAUCACUGGGGAGCUACAGUAACUGCCACUUAGGACCAUUCUGCUCGCAUCUGUUGAUAAGGAAAUGGAAACCCAUCCUGACGACACAACCAGACUUCUAGAGUCCUCAAAUGCAGGCGUCAAUUGAAUUUUCCUGGGGGAGGGUUGAGGGUAGAAGGGAAUUAAAUUUAAUCUCUGUGGAGACAGAGACAUUUCAAUCCAAAUGUUACAAAUACAUCUGUUUUCAUUCACUGGCUUCAAUUUUUUAUUAGACCAGCUGGGCAUUGGUGGAAUUACACCAGAGUACACAUCAUUAUGGUUGUGGUGAGGCCUGAGUCAGCAGUAUGGGUCUAGCUCCAGCCUCACACUUGUAAUCAACCUAACAGACCAAAGUAUGCAGCUCCAUGCUGACUGGCUACAGGCAGUAGGCAAUGGGAACCUGCAGCUGCCCACUCUGGCCUGUCAAACUUAACAUCCUAAAACAAGGUCAUGCUCAGCUACAUGGUCUAAGGCUAACCUGGGCUACAUGAGAUCUUGCUUCAAAAAUGAAAUGACAAAAAACAGCCUGGAAAUAACACUAAUGUAUCUCAAAGUGUCAAGUUAUGAUGCUAAAGGUGACUCCGGGGUGUUGAUCUUACGAUGGAAAAUUUAGGGAGGUUUUUUGGUGUUAAUUUCCAAUCAAAAGAUAAAGGCUGUUGGGUAUGGUGGCACUUAGUAAUCCCAGCACUUGGGAAGUAGAGGCAGGACAAUCAGAGUUCAAGGCUAGCCUAGUUGGAGGCUAGGUCUGGCCUACAGACCUAUCUCAAAAACAAAGAAAAAUCCAAGUAACAGCAAAGACAGGCUGGCUACUGUGAAAUGGAGGCCUUGUUACCGUGAGCUUUUAAGCAAGCACCCAGAAACACUGUUGUGUUGGGGUCACAGGCGUCAGAACACACAGAUGUGAAACUGGAUCCUUGGCAAUACCCUUUGCAUGCCCUGAGCACUCUUCAGGGCAGUAAGGUAGGGACAGGAAAGGUUAAGUCAGCCUCUCUCGGUUCUCUACUUCCUAACCUGUAAAUUGAGCAAGUCAUGCUAAAUGUUUUUGCCCCUCAUUGCAUUUUUUUUUUUUUAAAACAGGGUCUCUUGUAACUGAAACUGGCCUUGAACUCCUGAUCCUCCGCUUCCCAGGUGUUGGGGUUAGAGAUGUGCACCACCACACACAACUUCACAUUAUAACUACUUAUUUAGCAAGAUGCAUUUCAGAGUGAAGUACUGGCAGGUAUUUCUGCCCGUUUGAAUGCCGCUGUAAACAACUGAGCUGAGGGUGGCCUACUCCUCAGGCCCAGACCAAUGUGCAGUACUGCAGAGCUGAAAGGCUGCAGGGUAAGAUCAGCAAAGCCGGCUGCCCCGCUCCCAGGCAGCUGGAGCCCACAGGGGCUCCCACCUACCUACCGGAUGCCAGCACAGCUGGACAAGCAGUGAGUGUGGUAGCGCUGCAGGGCUGGCGGCAAGGGCCUGGCUCCAGCACACGAUUUCUCCACCUCUGUGUUCAGAUGCAGUGAAUUCAUGUACAACAACGGUGAACACGGAUGAAGACGUGUGUGCUUGGUCCAUAGCCAAAGAUGUUCCAGUUUAACACUACCAAAUCUAAGCAUGUAAUUGCUCAAUAUCAUUUAAGCCCUGCACUCCAAGGUUUAAAAGAAAAAACUUUCCAUUUACACCACACCUACCUGGAACUGGUCUGCUACAGAAUCCUGCAGAACCUCAAUUAGGAUCAGGACCGACUGCUUUUAGAUCUAUGGGCUCACACGGUUUUCUUAUUUUAACAGGAUUGGUUCACUCAGUUGCAAGAGAUACUACAAAAUGCUUCCUUUCCUUCUGUUUGAACCCAAGCUUGUCUUUAAGCUCAGCCCAGGUGAUUUGAUUCAAGCAACCAAGUUUAGUUUGCAAAACUCAGCCCAGUCACUGAGGCCUUCCACCUUUUUGGGGAAAAACCCUAGAUGAUAUGUUUUAGCUUCUUAUAAAUGGACUUUUUGUGGGUGUAAAUUUGGGCUUUGCUGUUUGUUUUACAGACAGUCUUGCUCUGUAGCCUAGGUUGGCCUUCAACCCAGUGAGUGAUCCUUGUCUCAUAUCCUUCUGAGUACCACCAAACCGGUUCUAAAUUCAAGGAUCAUUCAAGACAAUCUGUGACUGACUUAAAUCCCCAGACUAUUAUUUUCUCCGUGGAGAAGCAACAAAAUCACUCCCCAUCCAAAUGAAACAAGAGGGAGGAGGGGAUAGUGUUGUAGGCAGGGUGUUUCAGGUUUAUGCCUUUAAUACCACAGUUUUUGGUCAAGACAUUAAAAAGGCAGGGCCAGCAAGACGGUUCUGUGGGAAAAGUGCUUGGUGCACAAGCCUGAUGACUAACUCCCUAUCCAGAACUCCUGUAAAGAUGGAGAUGACAAGUGACCCUACUAAUUGUCCUGUGACCUCCACACAGGCAUCGCAGCACAGUAAUAAUGAAUAAAAUUUCAAAAAAGGCAAAAAGGGGACAGAGAUAAAGGGCUAGACAGGAAACCCAGCACUGUGUGCAUGCUAGACCAUGGCCAAUUCUACAUCCCGAGCUUGAAAGCUGACCGGGCACGGUGACAAUAAACCUAGAAUUAAGUAUUUGGGAAGCAGAGGAGGGAACCUGAGUUCGAGGCCAGCCAGGUCUAGAUACUGAGUUACAGGACAGCUAGAGCACACAGUGAGACCCUAUCUCAAAAACAAACAAAUGUUGAACCGGUGGUCUGUAUGAUACUAGUCAAAUUGUAGUUAUUUGGAGAGUGGUAAGCAGGAAGCGGACCAGCAGUCAGGAAAGACACCAGGAACUGUGAGGGAAGCAGAGGCAGCUGUAAGUAGUGAGACCCCAUCUCCUAAGGCCCAUCACUCAAACUGGGUGGAACGGUUCAUGCCUGGACACCCUGUACAGCUGAGAUGGUGAAUGUUUGGGUCUGAGGCUAUCCUGGGCUAGCACGAGUCCCCCCAUCCCUUACUUUCUUUUUGUUUUUCAAGACACUUCUGUGUAGCCCUGGCCGUCCUGGAACUCUAUCUGUAGACCAAGCUGGUCUUGAACUUCCUGAAUGCUGGGAUUAAAGGCAUGUUGUCAACCACCUGUUGAGACCCUUUUUCAAAAUUACCAAAAUACAAAAAACAAGGGUUGGCUUCAAAGCUACAGAGAAACCCUGCCUCUAACAACAACAAAACCAUCCAAAAGGCUAACAGCUAGUGCUGUUCUUUUUUUUUUUUUCUUUUCUUCGAGACAGGGUUUCUCUGUGGUUUUGGAGCCUGUCCUGGAACUAGCUCUGUAGACCAGGCUGACCUCGAACUCACAGAGAUCCACCUGCCUCUGCCUCCCGAGUGCUGGGAUUAAAGGCGUGCGCCACCACCGCCCGGCUAGCUAGUGCUGUUCUGAUGGCCUCUUUAGGGUUUCAGGCCCCUUGGUGGCAGGAGACCAAUGGCACUCAAAGGUAUAAUGUCCUUAUUCAUGUCCAACUGGAGGACAUGGAUGUAGUAUUCAAAGGAAUCUUCCUGGGUUAGACAGUGAGUCUUCAAUGUAUCACAGGUGACCUUAUGAAAGCCAGAGGGAGAUGUGAAUACCUCUGACGUCGCAAUAUGAUGGACGGCCUGCAAAGACUGACUUGAAAGGGAUGCAGCUCAGUGGGUAGACUGUGUGGCAGGCCUGGGUCCAGGUGUGACUCUCAGCUCUGUAAAACAAGUCACGAGACACUGGCAACCACCACAAAGCUGCAAGCAGCAAGGAACAUAGUCCUCCUUACAGCCCUGGGACCUACCAUUUUAAAUUCCUAACUUCCAAACAGCCUGAGAAUAAAUGUAGGGUAAAGUAAGCCACUGCAUUUUUGACAAUGUGUGAGAGCAGUGAUACAAAAUGAUAUAACUUGUAUACACACAUAACACACACUGUGUUUUAGUGCUGGGAUUUGAAUUUAGGGCCUCAUGCAUGCUGGUUUUUUUUUUUUAAACCAAGGAGCCACAUGUUAAUCCUACAAUUUAUCUUUGCGUUUACUAUCAACCUAUUAUUGCAAAGCUGUGGCUGCACGCGGUACCCUAGUUACAUCCCUCUUGCAGUGUACUUAAUGACCUGUUAUUUUAAGGAAAAAAAGUUGGAGCCAUAGAGCCCUAAACAUGCCAAGAUACUCAGCCAGUUCUUGGAAAAACCAAGUGUUCUUGCCACAUACUAUCUAGAGUUUCCCAUGGAAAAGAAGGUCAAAGGUCUUCCUAGUUAUGUGGUUCCACAAACAAACCAAAAGGAGACUUAAGGGAGUGACAUGCUGACUGUGUCACUCCUAACCUCCUUGUGUGGGUGGCACUCUUCCGGUGAUGGAAGUCACAGUCUCCCCCUCCUCAGAGGGCACAAGAUACAUGCAAUUUUGCAGACACCAUUGAGAACUCCUGGAUUUCAAAAUUAAGAACUGCCCUGCAAAGAAGACAACAUUUAAAGAGCAUUCCAGAGGCAUUUCUUGUUUCUUUUUUUUCUAGUCAGCUUUUCUUUGCGUAGCCAUGGCUGUCCUGGAAUUUGCUCUGUAGACCAGGCUGGCCUCGAACUCAAAUCAAUCCCCCUGCCUCUGCCUCCCAAAUGCUGGGAUUAAAGUCAUGCGCUACCACAGCCCAGCAAUUCAAAUCUUUAGGUGAAUAAGUCAGUCCUGCCUACAGUUCUAUCCGUAGUUUGGAGAAGCAAGCAGACAUUCCCUGGAAGGUUACAGAUUCAGAUAAAGUGGGGGCAAAGAGUGCAGCUCCCUUCAAAACCCAAUUCAAAUAGUGUACUUGAAAAGGCAUUUCCUCAACGCGCCUGCAGCUAGAUCCAGACCCAGGAGUGAUGGUUAUGACCUACCGCGCAGCACUAACCAAAGGCUAAACCCUUUAGGUAGGCUCGAUCCUACUGGGGCUUUUUUUUUUUUUUUUUUUUUUCUGAGGUUACGUUGGAGUUUUAAAGCCCAUCCACACAACUUUAACCAAGUCCAACAGCUGACAGUCAUUGAUUCACCCAGGCCACUUCCCUCAGCCAUCUGCCGGAGGUGGAACUAAGCGAAACACACCCCGAGGACAAAGGGUUUGCAAAGGUUUGGGGAGUAAAUGUAGCUUGAACCCAGGACCUCUUGUGUGCCAGGGAUGCUCCUGAGAAGAAUAAAGCGUUGGUCUUUGGCUUGUUAGACCCAGCUUGGGCCCAAGUCAGGCACCGAGCCGACAGGAACCGCGACGGCACGUGGGGGACC